AUGCUAAUGAUUUGGGAAAGUUUGCAGAUGAGAAAUUUAACGUGUCGUCAUUCUCGACGGAAUCUAUUGAUCGGCUCGUGUUUGUUAAUGGCGAUAACUUUAUUUAUUCGCUUACAACUUUACCAACCAAUACUCAAUAGUUAUGAUGGAAGCGAAGACGAACCAUUACAUUGUAAUCAAGCAAUUAUUCGAAAACAUUUUAUGGAUGAUAAAACUCCAAAAGAACUAUUCGAACAAGCUCCAGUUCGUGCGGGUUUUGAUUAUGAAAUAGCAAAUGGAAAUUUUUGUUCAGCUGUAAAACCACAUGCUAUUAUAUUUGUUAUUUCGAAGUCAAACAAUUAUGAUUCUCGCAAUGCUAUUCGUCGUACAUGGGGUAAUUUAGCGCCCAUAAGAUCUCUUCAGCAAUUUUCUCAUCUUGAAUUGCGAAUUAUUUUCCUUAUUGAUAUUGAUGAAAGUCUUUUAUUGAGUAUCAGUCUUGAACACAAAUUAUUUCAUGAUAUUGUUCAAGUUCAUCUACCACAACAAUACUCAUUGUCAACAUAUCGCGAUAUGGCUAUGCUACAUUGGACUGAUACAUAUUGUUCAGAAGCAAUCCUGACAGUCAAAACCGAUGACGAUAUUUUUCUUAAUACCUAUUUAUUAGCAAGUUUAGUCAAUGCUAUUCUUAAGAAUACGACCAUUGAUGAAUCGAAACUUGAAUGCAACUAUUCAGAUUCAUCAGCUAUUAUCUAUGGUUACGAACUUCUAUAUGCUAAAGUGGUACGCUAUUCAAAUGACCCCAUUCUAGAAGGCACACGCUAUAUUGUAACGAAAGAUGAAUAUCCAUGUGUACACUAUCCAACUUAUAUGAGUGGUUUUAGUUAUAUUGUUAAUCGUCCUGCACGUUCAAAACUUCUAUGUACUUUUUUUCGAGAUAAAAAACCUUUACAUAUGUCCGAUGUGUACGUAACAGGCAUAAUACCUGAAUAUAUUGGCAUUGAACGGAAACAUUUUGGUUUAGCAAUUAAUUAUCGAUCCAGUGAUGAUUGUGAACAUUUUUUUAAACAAAAUGAUGCUGAUAGUUAUGCAUGCGCCUCAUCGUUACAUUACAAUAAAAAACAGAUUGAUAUAUUUGAACGUUUUCACACUUAUUGGCAGCAUGUUGAUAAAAAUAGAUUUUUGUAUAUAAAUCGAAAGUUUAAUCAUAUGCAUAAAGAUUUUAAAGCUUAUUAA